AUGGUGGAUCGAAACCAAAAUGCGGAUGAAAUGAUACAUAUGGUUAGGAAUGAUAAUAUCAUGAUAGAAAAUAACUUGACUGCCAUUGUCGAAAGGAUUAUGACACAAAAUGGCCUUAACACAGGAUUUAGAAGACCAAAUUACACAUCUCCUAUAGCAAAUUUCAUUGUACAAACUGAAUUACCAAGGGGCGCCAAAGUCCCAAAAUUCACCAAAUUUGCUGGAGAUACAAGUGAGUCAACAGUCGGACACAUAGCCAAAUAUUUAACAGAGGCAGGGGACUUGGCUAAUGAUGAAAACCUUAGGAUAAAGUAUUUCCCAAGUUCUUUAACCAAGAAUGCUUUCACUUGGUUUACUACGUUGCCUCCUGGUUCGAUCGAUGCUUGGACCCAUCUGGAGAGAUUUUUCCAUGAACAGUUUUACAUGGGGCAAUCGAAGAUCAUCCCUGAACUUGAAUUGGUCGAAAUGGCCGCUGGUGGCCUAGACUAUUCGAUUAGAAAGAAACUAGAUACCCAGGAUAUGAUACAAAAGGCAAUCAAAGAAGGCAGGUUGAAAUUUGCUGACAAACCAAAACUGAAAGUGGAUUCGGAUCCCCUCGAUGUGUCCAACACAAAUUACACUGAGCCGGUUUGCAUGGGAGAUGUCAACAUGGUGGAAGUAAGGGAUCAUGCUGAGAUACCAACUGUUGAGGUCAAAGAAGAUGUCGAAGGAGCUCUUAGAGAGGAUGAAUACUAUGUGUUGGUCGAAGUCCCAAAAGAAAAAGAUUCAAAUCUUUCAACUGAGGCUACUGAAGGCCAGAAGAUUCCAGAGGAAGAACUAACUCAGGCCACUGAGGGAUUGAGAAAGGAGUUCGAGAAAGUCCAAAUAGCUGAGGAAAAAAUCGAACCAAUAAACAUUGAAGGCUCAAAAAAGGAAUUCGAAUAG